UGGCUGUGUACUGUCGGUGGGAAGUUCGCCGGCGAAGUCUACCUCUACGUGUACGAAAUGCCUAUGCGGAAUAGAAUCACCAGUGAUGACUUCUCGCACGCAGAAAAAUCUUGGUAGAAGGUUUAUUGGAUGCGGUAAAUAUAAGAGCGAAAGUGAUCGGGGUUGUGAUUAUUUUAUGUGGGUUGACGAAGAAGCUAUGCUCCCUGUGUCACAGUUUGAUGCCCAAAUAGCUGAUCAGAAGAAAGGUUUUGAAACUGAAGUGGCAAAGUUGACGUUGCAAAUUGCUGCUGAAAAGUACAAAAAUAAUAGCAUUGAAAAAAACUUAAGGAUGUCAUUGGCCACUUGUUUGAUCUUAGCUUUUUUGUUGUUGUCUUGUUUUGUUAAUGAUAGGGAGAAACGUCAUUGCACUGUUAGUAGGGCAAUGUUGCCGUGAGAGGGAGAAACCUAUGUACGUUAAGGACUAUUAUUUAGUAUGUUGUAUUAAAGUGUGAAACCUAU